UCAGGCAACGUCUAUGGAGGGGCACCCUUCUCAGGACUGUACACCGAAUACAUGGCUGGAUUGGGUCCAGAUCGCCUACGAUGUGCGCAUGACGUGGGUUGGGCCCAAUUCAUGUUUGGCUGGGACGGUAUCCAGAUGAUGUCCACUGCCGACACGGCUGGAGUUGUAUCCAGCUCGUAUGCAUCACAUGCAACGUCUGAUGCUGAUCUCGUCCGGGUCGAGCUCACCGAGCCGCAGGCGGGCGCGGCGCCGUCAGCUGCUGCCUGAUGGUGGCGCUGUCUGAGGGGGGACGAUAAAAGCGGAGGGGCAGCGCGCGAGCCGGGCAGAGCGAGCGCGAGCAGCUGCCAGAACAUUCGGAUCUACUAAUGGAGGGGGGGAGGGAAGGUCCGUCGCUUACGCAUGAACACUAGAUACUGGACACCCCCCCAGCAGCACCCACCCGAAACCCAACUCACCGCCGUGUCCGUCCCGCUCAUCUUCACCGGCUCCGGCGGUAGCCGCCACUGCUGCUGCGCGCUGCGGCCCAGUGCAGUCAUGGAGUGAAGGCCGGGAAAACCGGGGAGUCGGCUCAGCCGCCAACACCAGACCGAAGAGCCGAGCGCCGGCCUCUCGGCAACCGCUCAGCCCCAGGCCGCGGGGAGACUGCGAUGAGCUGAUCACCGCCCAGGAGUUAAAUCUGUGUGGACGAACUGUAACUCUGGCUCCCGCCGUGAUUUAUUUAUCUUUAAAGUCCAUCAACCGCUUUUAAUCUUGUAACAGCGGCGGGAUCCGUGUUUUCUUCCACCGAGAUGUUGGCUGGGGCCAAGGACAAUCCGUGCCGCAAGUUCCAAGCCAAUAUUUUCAAUAAGAGCAAAUGUCAGAAUUGCUUCAAACCCCGGGAGGUGCACCUACUGACGGACGAGGACUUGAACCAGGCUAAACCUAUCUAUGGGGGCUGGCUCUGUUUGGCACCUGAAGGGACAGAUUUUGAAAAUCCAAUGCAGAGAUCUAGGAAAUGGCAGCGCCGAUUCUUUGUGUUAUAUGAGCAUGGCUGUCUUCGUUUUGCCCUGGAUGAAUCGCCAAGCACCCUGCCACAAGGAACAGUCAACAUGAAUCAAUGUACUGAUGUUAUUGAUGCUGAACCUAAAACUGGUCAGAAGAAUGCACUCUGCAUUGUAACCCCAGAACGUGAAUUUUUCAUUCGUGGAGAAUCUAAAGAAAUAAUUAAUGGAUGGUUGGAUCAAUUGAUGGUGUAUCCUAGAACCAAUAAGCAAAAUCAGAAGAAGAAACGAAAGGUUGAGCCCACAACUGUACAGGAGCCUGGGCCAGCUAAAGUGGCAGUAACAGGUUCAGGAAUCCCGGAUCCAGAGAAGAUACCAGAUUCACGAUCUAGCUUGUGGCAGGAGGAACUGCAAAGCAGAGAAGCAGAGGCAGCUCACAGUUGGUCUCUUCCUGAUGGUGGCUCUCCUGGGGGAUUGUUUUCCCUUGGUGAGGGUGAUGUCCGUCCCCUUGAGGUUAUGUCUGACCAUAGUUCUGUUAACGGCGAUGAGAUGGAUAGAGGAACAGUGACACCUCUUGACCAGCAGAGACAAGAGAUGCGUGUUCUUUCACCUUCCAGUAGUUCUUCGAGCAGGCAUGGUAUGGAACCAGGUGGCAUUCCUCGUUGUCCAUCACCAGUAUAUAGUGAUCCCUUUCCAUCUGCUAGUAGUGUGCUAUCCAAUGGCUCCCAUUCACAUAUCAGUGGAUCAAUGAGUUCCUUGGAUUCAGAAGCAAGUGGAAGUACCGUGACAAGCACAGACAGUCAUUUUACUGAAGCUAUGGCGAAUAGAGCUGAGCUGCCAAGAGCUGGAAGAACAUCUAGUAAAGAGGUCUAUGAGACUGAAGAUAGAAAAAUGGGAAAACGAACACGAAUCAGAAGUCCAGAGAGAAGAGAUGCAGAACAAAUUAUUGGUCAAGAAGGAAGGCGCUCCACUGUAAUAGAAAAAUUUGAAGCUCUGGAGCUGGAUACUGAUCGAAUGGAGACUGAUGCAACUACUCACAGUGAAUCACGAUCAGGAAGAAGUGAAACGAGACAGAUCCAACGGAGAGAUGAAAUACAAAAAGAAUCUAUCAGAGAGCAACGGUUUCAUUCUUCUGUUGUACCACCUCUUCGGCGUGCAAAAUCCCUUGACAGACGAACCACUGAAUCUAUAAUGACGCCGGAUCUCUUGAAUUUUAAGAAAGGAUGGAUGGUAAAGCUUGAUGAAAUGGGCCAGUGGAAAAAAUACUGGUUUGUACUGACUGACCAUAGCCUACGUUACUACAAGGACUCAAUUGCUGAGGAUGCAUCCGAUCUGGAUGGUGAAAUUGACUUAUCUACUUGCUACAAUGUAACUGAAUAUCAGGUCCAGAGAAAUUAUGGCUUCCAAAUUCAUACCCUGGAAGCUUUGUUUACCCUUUCUGCAAUGACUGCUGGAAUUCGACGAAAUUGGAUGCAGGCAUUAAUGAAAAAUAUCCGUCCCUCAAAGGCACCAGAUGUUGCCAGUUUACCAGAAGAACAGUGUUCUGUGAUGCUCCCAGAUACGACUCCACAUUAUGACAGCAAAUCGGACUCUCCAUCAUCUGAAACAUCUUCUGUGGAUAAAGAAACAGGGCAGCGAAAAAGCCGAGCUCGUGAAAGGAGGAGAGAGGGAAGAUCAAAAACUUUUGAUUGGGCAGAAUUCAGGCCAGUUGCGCAAGCAUUAGCACAGGAAAGGGCAGCAAGGUCAGGUUUAUAUGACAGACAUUCAGAGAGAUUUGGUUCACCUCCAUCAGAACAUAAUGAAUGGGAACGGACUAAACGCCGUGAGGAACGUAGGAAAAGGUACGAGGCUGUGGCUGGAGCAGCGAGUUCAAGUUCAGCUGAUGCAAGCAAUGUAGAACUUGAAACAGCCAGUUCCUCACCACCACAGGACCGAAGGCAGAAAGUGCAUGAUGAAAUCGAAGAGCACUGGCAACAGGUAGAACGGACACCCAUCCGGGAAGAAAGGCGCGUCCCCCUGGCAAUGGUGCUUCCAAGUUCACAAAUGUCACAGAUUGAUAAGCUACUGGAAGCCCAUGCAAAAGAGCUUGAAGAAUUGAAAACUCAGUUGGAGCAUUGCAAACAGGAAUUAGUAGAGUCUCAAAAGCACAAAGUGGAGCUUGAAGCCCAGUUGAAGGCUAGCUUAGAACGUGAGCAACAGGUCCGGUCUGGUUACAUCUCCCAGCUGGAGCCACCUUUGGCAAGUUCUAACGCCUGGCAACAGCUGCAGAAGCUGAACCAGGACCUGCAAGCUGAGUUGGAAGUUCAACGGCAAAAACAGGAGGUGGCUAAUAUACAAGUCCAGAGCCAAAAAAAGAGCUAUCAGGAUGCCAAGGAGCUCUUAAGACAACAGGAGACAAAAAUGCAAAAUCUUCAGGCCAGACUGGAGAUCUCUUUGUCAGAGGUAGCCAUUAAUGAACAGUCAUUAUCCAAAGUACAAAAUGAUUUGAGACUUGAGCGUCAAAAAUAUAAAGAAGAAACUGAUGAGUAUGAGAGAAAGUUAAAUAUGUUUAGCGCCAAACUGUAUGAGAGUGAAGAGAAACUUAGAGAAGUAGAGGGGUUGCUUCUCGAAAAGACUCAAAGAUUUAGGGAUCUAGAAAGGCAAGUGGCUCUUCAGGACAACUAUCAGCGAGAAGUGAGGCGGCUGCAAGAUCAUCUGGAAGAAGCGUGCUGCCGGCUACACAGCAGUGAACAGGAAGUUAUUCUGAGUGAAGAACGCUUUAAGAAACAGUCUGAAGGUCUGAAAGAAAAGUAUGAAAAGGAGAAAGAACUUUUGUUGCACAAUGUACAGGAAGCUGAAGAUAAGGUCAGAGAAUAUGAGGAUCGCCUUCAGACUCUUGAGGCUCAGCUAGAGAGAGUUCAAAAAGAAAAAUUGGCCACUUCCUUCAAAAGCAGUGAGAUGGUGAGGCAAAUGGAAGAACACGUUGAGAUGAGUGAGGGGACAGUGAAGCAACUUACCCAUGACAUAGACAUCUUGUCAACUGAAAAUGAACGAUUAAAUCUUCGCUAUCAGGAAAUAGUUAAUCAGUUGACAGAAGCUGAUAGAGAAGUUGAAGGGCUGAAAUUGGAACUGGUGAAGGAUAGAGAAAGGUAUCAAGAUCUGAAUGAAGGUUUUGAAAAAGCUGUUCGAGAGGUCAAUACACUGAAAAAUGAACUAGAAGAAACCAAUUUUAAAAUGGUAACUAUUAAGAAAUCCUAUGAAAAAGAAUUAGAAAAGAAAAAUAAGGACUUCAAUGAGGCUUUAAUCAAACUCGAAGCAUUGGGCACCAGCUUGGAGGAGACAGAGAAGAAACUGCAGCUUAAGGAGGCCACACUUAAAGGUCUUGGUUGGCAAGUUCCAACAGACAUUGACAUGCUUCUAGAAAAAGAAAAAGAACUUCAUAUUAAAUUAGAAGAAGCAGAAGCCAGGUUAGUUGAACAGACCAUGAAUCUGCAGAUAGCUGAAGCCAAUUAUAAGAGCAUUCUUUCCCAAAAAAACCAACUUCAAGCAGAUGUGGAAAUUUUAAAGAAACAAAAUGAACAUAUAGCAAAAAGUAAUCUUUCAGCAGUUGAAAAUGUUUUUGAAUGCCCUAUCACUUGGUCUGAAUCAGAGGGAGAGCACAGCACUUUCAGUUCUGGUGUACAACUUUUUAAGGAAUUGAUAGAAAAGCUUCAGCAUUUGGACUCUCAAGUAACAGUACUGACUGGAUCAGUAGUUCAAGCAUUUCCUGAAAACUGGCUUUCAGACCUGUCAUCUUCUGAGAAUUCUGAAAGUCCAUGUGAUGUAACAGCAGUGAAUAGUUGCAUUACAAACCUGAAAAGAUGUCUGGCAAUUGUAUGCACACUUGAAACUAAAUUAUUAGUAGCAGAACAAAACAUUAAAAGGGAAGCUGUUUAUCCUUUAGAUACAAGACUGUUGGAACCUGCAGUUUAUCCAAAAGGGCAGGGAUUAAGAAAUCAACCAUUAACGUAUCAUCUCUCAGAAUCUUUCUCCAGUUCAAAUAUCAAACAUAAUGUACUGGUCCAUGCUGAAUUCCAGUCACUGCAAGCAAAACUGCAUCAUUUGCAUCAUGUUUUGGAAAGUUUACAACAGAAAAUUGGUCAGCUUGCACAGGAAUGGGAUAUUGGAGAACAUGAACCAUUACCUGAAUUAAUACAUGCAUUAGAAGAUUCAGUACAAUACUUGGAAUGUCUGGAAGAAGAUUUAGCCAGAAAAAAUAAAACAUUUUUUGAUGAAGAAUCGUUAGUUAGAGAUUCCUUAACUGAAGAGGAAAAACUGAAAUACUUAGCGGACAAACUUUCACUUGAAGCUAAAGCACUUAACAGUAUAGCGAAUGCUUUGCAGAAUCCAAACUCCAUUGUGAAAAAUACUUUAGAUGAAAUUAGAAAACAGAGUGAAAAUAUUGCCAUGCCUUUGGUUUCUAUAGAUGACACCAGUACUCAAGUUAAGCAUGCUGUUCUUAACAAAUUACUUGUAGAAGGAGAGUUUUGGGCAAAUAUGUCUAAACUUAAGGAAAAUGAGAUAUCAGAUGCUGAAGAGCAAAUGAGUAAGCCCAUAAGCAAUUAUCUAAAUAUUAUGGCAGAUAAUAGCUUAAUAAAAGGUGAAAUAUUGUUCUGGGCUCAUAAUAUUUUGGAAGAUUCAAAAGAAAAGCUGCAACAGCUGAAAGCACAAUACACAAAAAUGCAUCAUAGAAGCCAAAACACUGAACAGAUGCUCAGGAAUGUUGUAGCUGUUUAUGGUACUUGCCAGCUUGAUGAGCUAAUUGAUGAAAUUCGGAAUGAAUUGAAUAAAGAUAAAGAAGACGAGUCAUUGUUUUUCUGUUCUCAAACUUGCAGACUACCAUCAGCGUCUGAUUCUGCUGACCAGGACUUUGAACUUUGUGCAAGGGCAGAGUUAGUGCAGCAAAUCAAGAAAAAUGUUUGCCUGUUGAAGGAAAUGUCUCACUGUAUUCAGUCAGGGGCAGAUGAUGAAUUGGGUGUACUGGCCAAAAAGUUAGUUCACAGUGUGGAGUGUAUACCCACAUUAAGCAAUCAUUAUAAUGCAAAAGAUGCCUGGCCUUUUCUGCUGCAUGAUGCAAUGAUGCAAGCUGAAUUGUCCUAUGUAAUCUCCAAGAUACAAUUAAAACAUGAUGUUGUGCAAAGUGGUGAUAAACGAUUGAGAGUAGACACUUUAGAAAUGGAGCACUCAACCUCCAGUACUUCAUUGCAGGGUACUGAUGUAGCUGAAUUGAAGAAACAAAAAGAAGAACAGGAUAGAAAGUUUAAAAAAUUCAAAGGAGACCUUGGAGAGUUUAAGCAGUUGGAUGUUUCAGAAUCAGGUGCUGCUACUCAGACAACUCAUAUCCACAUUGAGGGAGAACCAAUUGACUCACUGGACAAGGCAAUUGAACUUCAAGACAUGGCAGCAAGGCAUAAAAAAGAACUACGUGAAGUGCGAGAGGCAUAUGAAGCUGAGAUAGAGAAAUUGAAAAGGGAAAUAGCAAGAGCAGGGGAAACAUUGAGACUGAAAACAGAGGAAAAUGUGAAGGAAAUCGAUUCAUUGACUAUUUGUAUGGAAAAAUUGAAGGAAAAGCAUGUUGAGGAGCUGAAAAGACGAGGGGAAGAAUUUAAAAUGGAGAAGAGAGAACUAGAUAAAAAGUGUGCUAGGAUAAAAGAAGAACUUACACAAGAAAUUGAAGCUUUAAAAGAACGUAGAGAUCCUAAACAAUUGGACCUAGUAAGUGAUCUGCAGAAAUCAACUGACCCAUACAGGAAAACAACAAGUGAAGUGAAUUCCAUGGCCCUGCUUAGAAAUCGCAUACAAGAGCUGGAGUCGCAGAUAGAUGCCAUGAAAAAUAAGAUUGAAGACAGUCCAACAAAUCUGCGUGAGAAAUAUGAAAAGGACCUGGAGAAUCUCAAGGCUACAUGUGAGCGUGGGUUUUCUGCUAUGGAAGAGUCACAUCAAAAGGUAAUAGAAGAACUCCACCGACAGCAUCAACGAGAGCUGGAAAACCUAAAAGAAGACAAAGAGCGGCUUCUAGCUGAAGAGACCGCUGCCACUAUUUCUGCCAUUGAAGCAAUGAAGAAUGCACAUCGUCUGGAACUUGACCGUGAACUGGAAAGGAUUCGGAAAUCUCAAAACAGUAAUGUAAAUGCAGACCUUGAUGAAAUAUGCAAACAGCAUGAUGAAGAGUUGGCAUCAUUGCAUCGAGAAAUUGAAGUCCUUUCUGAACAGUAUUCACAGAAGUGUCUAGAAAAUGCACACUUAGCUCAAGCUCUGGAAGCAGAACGGCAGGCAUUAAGACAAUGCCAGCGUGAAAAUCAAGAACUAAAUGCACAUAACCAGGAGCUGAAUAAUCGUUUAGCUGCAGAGAUAACACGGUUAAGGACAAUGAUGACCAGUGACAAGGGAGGUGAUGCUACUACUUUAUCACAAGGCAAGGAAGUAUAUGAACUAGAGGUAUUGCUGAGGGUCAAGGAAUCUGAAAUUCAGUACCUAAAACAGGAAAUUAAUUCACUAAAAGAUGAACUACAGACUGCUCAGCGUGAUAAAAAAUAUGCUACAGAUAAGUACAAGGACAUCUACACAGAGCUAAGUAUUGUGAAGGCUAAAUCAGAGCGUGACAUAAACCGACUGAAAGAGCAGCUGCAGCUGGCACAGGAAGCUCUGGGAGAACAACCCAUGGAUGAAACUGAGCACAGCAGAUAUGAUAUAAUGAAAUCAAAGAGCAAUCCCGAUAUCCUGAAGAUGGCAGCAGCAGCAAAACGAGCAGAUCGAGCUCUGAGAUCGAAGUCUGUGAGUAAAGAGGUGGCAUGGGACAGCUAGAGCUACCUGAUGAUUGACAUCUUCCCUUGUAGAGCUUGAAAGAAGGACUUACAGUUCAGCAGAGGUUUCAUUUAUUUGAAAACAAGGAGACAAAAGAAUUUUAAGAGCUCUUGCAUGUGUGAGGCAACCAUUCUGCCUUUGCAGUAAAUUGCGAUCAAAUAAGACCUCUAAUGGAAGUUUUGAGUUGUUCAGCAGUGGUACACAAGUUGUAUUUAAAAACACACAACCCUCACACACCUUUUUUCCCUUAGAUUAUUAUUGUAAAGUUACAGCAUUUACUUUAAGUUCCAUGCACUGCAUCUAAUAUUAUUGCAAACUCUUUUUGUAAAUACUACAUAGGGAUUAGCUUAGUUUCGAUGUUUGGGGUUUGUGGUCCCUCACAGUCUGUAAAGCUGAUUUAUAUACGCUGCUGUAUAAGCUCCAGUGUAAACAAAUGGAAAAUCCUUUUUAGAAAAUAUGAAAGACACUACUUGUAUAUAACCACAAGAGAGGGAUGUUUGUGUAUUUUCCUUUUUCUUUUGUAUGGACUGAAAGCUGAAGCUUUGAUUUGGAUGUUUGAAUAUAUGGAGAAGGUAUAAGUUUAAGGCAGUGCCCCAUUUUCCUGGUCUGCAAAGUACCCUCUCUUCCCCACAUUUACACUCCUCUAACAAAAAUAAAAUCAAUCAAAUCUUAUUAAAACUGUUACAAUCUUCCAUAUUUUUGUCAGCCCAUUAAUAAAGAUUAUAUGAAAACUUUGGAACUUUUAAAACAUUUUUUAGAUAAGAACAGUUGGCAGUGAUUUUGAAGCUUUAUUCAUUUUGAUACUGUUAUUUGUGCCAUUUCUACAGCUGCUUGUGAGGAUUCUAUAUCUCUACUAAAGUGACUGUAGACUGAAGUUUUAAAGGAGCUGCCACACUAUGUCAAAUGUAUAAACUUAUAUUAAUCUUUCAUUGACAAUAAUCUAUAUUUGGAUAUUAAACUAAAAGCAUAACUUAUCUAGCUUUUGGUCAGCACUUGCUAUUUCCUUGCUCUUUUGGCACUGUUGGUCACUCCUGUGCAAACAAGCAUCCUAAGACCUGUAUUGCAUUCUGAGAGUCGUUCAUUAACUUUGUAGUCAUUAAAACAGAAGUUGAAUGAAUGACCACCAGGGCCGCUGGAAACAAGAAUGUAGCCUCACAACUUGUGCUUAGUCUUGAUUUAAUAUGUCAUGAUAUUGUGUAGGAAAAGUGUGAACAAAAAAAAACUCUUGAUGUUCACCUUUUAAUAAUAACCAGUUCUUCAGACAUCUCCACUGCAGCUAUGGCUCAAUUUGACCAAUGUACUAAUGUUUGAAUAAACGACAAGUUGGAAUAACGUGGAGCAUGCGGUGUCGUUUAGAUAGUUUCAUAUUUCAGUCUUAAUGGCCCACCAAAGGGAUGUUUUUUCCAAAACAUCAAUGAUCUGUAGGAUCUGAAGACCAUCUUUUUUCACCUGUACGUGCAGAAUGGGUGUCAACUUUCUGUUGAGUGAGGGAGACAGGGAAUAUUGGAUAGCUUUGUAGUUUCAGCCAGAGGCAGGCCCUGUAUUUAUUUAAAUGUGCUAAAUUUGCUCCCUUUUCCCUUUCCAGUCAUAGAAACUGCUGUUUGUGAUUGUAAAUACACAGUAAAUACCACACCACCUAACUUUGCAUAUGUUAGCAAUAAAAUAUUUUUGCACCACG